UGCUUUGCUAGUUCAGUACAGAUUUUUACCUCUUGCUGUUUGAUAUACUGUACAUAGUAUUGGGGGAGCUUGGUGUGCGUCCUUUGGAAGGGAUAGAGGCUGCGCUUGAUUUUUUUUACAAGAGCUUGCUGUUGCAUUCCAUAGCUCUGAUUCUGUGAGUACUUAGCGCUAGAUCUAUGCAGGUGUAUGGCAGUGUUUAAUCCACGAUUAUUUAAAACAACCAUUUUCCUAAUCAGCACGCUCUUCCUUUCCUUUUUCCCCAAGAGGAUUAUCUGGAUUUUCUGAUCGUAGAUAAAUGUAUCCGUGGUACAAUUAGUUCAUGUUAGUGACAUCUGCAGUGUUGCCACAGAGGGGGGCGAAAAUUCUUCGCUGAUCAUCAUCCCUUGAUCCGGUUUGCCUGCACCCUCUCUGGCUGUGAAUGGGCUGUGCUUUGUGAUUAUCUGCAGUCACUUUUGAGUCAUUUCUGGAAGAAGAUGGCGGACAGGGCUGAGAUGUUUUCUCUCUCCACCUUCCAUUCCCUCUCUCCUCCAGGUUGCAGGCCGGCACAUGAUAUCAGUCUGGAGGAAUUCGAUGAUGAGGACUUAUCAGAAAUUACAGAUGACUGUGGGAUUGGACUGAACUACGACUCGGAUCCAUAUGAUAAGGAUUGCCUCAUCCUUGAGAAGAACGACCUCCAUCAUCCAGUGUGCUCCUUCCAGGAUGACUUCCAGGAAUUUGAAAUGAUUGAUGACAAUGAUGAGGAGGAUGAUGAUGAAGAGGAAGAGGCUGACCCUGAGGCACUGCCCUCCCCGUCUGCCUCUCCUCCUGCCUCUCCAUCAGUGGGCACCUUACAGAAGAACCGCCCAACGACACUAAACCUCACCCACACAGUGUCACAGGAUUCCUUGAAUAACAAUGGGAGUUUUUCUCCACGCAAAGCCAGCUGGCAGGAAUCUCUUCGUCACCCCUCUUCAAAUGGACGUUUAUCUCCAUCCCAUUCUUGCCUUGAAGAUGGUACACAUGUGAAUGGUCAGUGUGCAGCCGCACCAGGCGCUGGGUCUCAAAGCAAAGGUACAACUCCAAAACAGGCAGGGGACACUGAGCAAACACUGUCACCACUCAAGCCCCUCCUGUACGACUUUGAGGGCAACAGACGGGAAACACUGGAAUACGGUAAAAAAAUGUCUGACCCUGCUAUGGAAGAUUAUAAUAUGAACAUGAUCUCUUCACCACCAUCUCCACUAUAUUCACCAUUCCAUGACAGCCGGAUCUCUCCUAAACAGUAUCUCUCUUCAACAGGGUCUUUUGGUCAACAUAAAAUGACCACAAGUUCAGAUGCUGGAGCGGAGCCCAGUGCUGAGGUUACCAGACCGGGCACAAGCAUACCCGUGAUAGAUGAAGUCUCACAGAGUUCUGAUACUGAAGUUGACCAUGAUCUGGCUUGUGACUAUGCCAAAAAGUGGGGGGGGCAAUCUAGAAAAAGCAAUGAUACUUACACUGUCACCUCAGAGUCAGUAGUAGAUCCAGAAAUAGAAAAUGACAUAACUUUAGAUGGCACCAGUAAAUGCCUCUCUUCUACUGCACCAGUACCUAAUGAUGCUGAGACACCCAUAUCAGAUGAUGAGCUUGAAAAAGACUUUGACAUUGAGUUUACAUGCAAAGAAAGCUAUGAUUUGAACUUCAAAGAAGCUGGAAGCUCAUCUUAUGUCGAGUUUCCGCCCAUUGAGCCAACUUCUUUCUCCAGUUACCUGUCCUCUGGUAGUCGAUCAGAUGCUGAACUAGAAGAAUCCCAUAGCCAUAAUGGUGCGAGUGCACAUGGUCAUCCAUCUUCUUCCUCUAAUGAUACCAACUCUCCAUCUUCUGACCCAGGCAUUGAAGCUGACCUCACCAGUAAAAGUUGUAAAAGGUAUAUACCAUCCAGUCAUAAUAUAGAUGAACUUAGCUCUCCGGGUUCUGAUUCCGACAUUGAAGGAGAGUUAGAGGCCGCCUUUGCCUGUGGAGGCCCCUUGGUCAGCAACAUGAUCUCAUCCAUUUCGGAGACGGAGCUGGAUCUCACUAGUGACAGCAGCAGUGGCCGGUCCUCACACCUCACCAACUCUAUCGAAGAAGCAAGCUCUCCUACCUCUGACCAAGAGCUAGAGACUGAACUAGAGGCCGAAAGUGGGAUCAUAGGUAUCAAGGCUUCCUUACUUCUUGGGCAGCCUGAGUCUGAUAAAGUUAUUUCGCCUACAAUUGACAUUAAGGCCCCAGUACAGUUUGAUGAUGGUCAGGCAUUAGUGGGACUGCAGAAUGUUGAUGAACUUGCUUGUGAACACACUGCGGAUCCAGAUGAAACCCUUCCUCCUGCUGACCAAAGUGAAGACAGUCUCUCAAGUCAGCUAGUUCUGAAGAUUGAACCUGACCACAGCUUAGAGAGUUUUAAGAGGUCCUUUUACCUGCCCAUAGGACCAAAACUCAUGCCUGAGAUGGAUGAUUAUGAGGGUAACAGUGAGUAUGACUCAGAAUCAGAGUCAGAGGCAGACUUAAGUGAAGACUCUGAUUCCCCCUGGCUUCUGAGUAACCUUGUCAAUAAAAUGAUUUCAGAGGGUUCUUAUCCCAUCAGCUGCCCAGAGGACUGCUUCAAAAGGUCUGGCUCGAUAUCUGACACCAUUUCACCCACGUCAGAUUUGGAGGCAGAUGCUUUUAAUGAGCCUUUAGACAGCCAAUCCCAAAAGCUGGAAUCAAAUGGUGAUAUGCAGGUACAAAGGUCUGAAGAGAGUUAUUUAAAUAAAGAAAUUAACAAAGAGAUGGGUUCAAAGAGGGGUGCAGAGAGCACCGAGGACUCCAGAUCUUGUGAACCUAGAAGUGAAGCCAAAGAAAAGAAGAAAAACAUAGAAUCUAAACUGGAUUCAGCUCAGACUGAAGACACUACAGGCCUCUGUCUCUAUAUGAGUAAUCCCACAAAUGAUACAAUCUCUCCAGUCUUUGUUGACCGAUAUAAUAGUACUGUCAAAGCAGGCCAAGUGUCCUAUGUGCUGGAAUUGGAUAAAACCUAUGUUUCUGAUAAUGCUUCUGUUGCAAAUGUAACUAAAAACCUUAAAGAAGAAACGAUUGAGCCCAAUAAUGAUUUAUCAAUGGAACCAAAUGAACCUGCAUCUCCAUGCCUUAGUGAGCAACUAGAAAGUGACAAAGAUGCAGGCCGUGAGCUCAGUGAUGACACGGGCACAUUAGAUCGCAUUAAGGAGGCUAAAAGCAGCCUGACUCUAGAUAUUCCCACUGCUCAAACUAACAGGUGUUUCAAUCUGACCUAUUCCACUGACAAUGAUGAAGAUUCUUUUCUUGAAGGCAUAAAGAAAUCUCCAUAUCGUGAAAAUGUAUUGGAUUCUUCCUCUGCUACUGAAGAUAAUACAGAAGACCUCCCACCCCUAAACUCUUUGACAACCAAGCAGGUUGAUGAGUCCUUAGUUUAUGACUCAAUUAAAUACACAUUGGUGGUGGAUGAAAACACAACCCUGGAGCUUGUCAGCUUAAAGAGAUGCACGUCGAUCUUGAGCGAUGACAGCGAGAUCUCUACACUCUGUGACAAUUGUGACCUUGAGGUUAACAAUGAUUUUGAAGUUGAUGGGAUAGGUCCAGAAAUCCUAAGUUCUUCUGAAGAUUCAUCCCCUGAAGCUGAUGUGCAGUUCUCCAAGAAGUUCUUGAACGUCUUUGUGAACAGCACUUCACGGUCAUCAAGUACAGAGUCCUUUGGCCUUUUCUCAUGUACAAUUAACGGAGAGGAAAGAGAACAGACACACAGAGCAGUAUUCAGAUUCAUUCCCAGACAUGAGGAUGAACUGGAGCUGGAUGUUGAUGAUCCUUUGUUUGUAGAAGUGGAAGAAGAUGACUACUGGUACAGAGGGUACAACAUGCGCACAGGAGAAAGAGGCAUUUUCCCUGCUUACUAUGCCCAUGAAGUAGUUGGGCAAGUCAAAGAGUUUAUUGGAGUGAAGAGGAACACUGCCUGGGUGGAGAGGUUCAAUGUUCAGUUCUUGGGCUCCGUAGAAGUUCCAUAUCAUCAGGGCAAUGGAAUCUUGUGUGCGGCGAUGCAGAAAAUUGCAACAAUAAGAAAGCAGACAGUCCAUCUCAGACCCCCAGCUAUCUGCGACCUGGAAAUCAGCCUGCAGGGAGUCAAGCUGAUCAUGACUUUGGAUGAAUAUGGGGGAAAUGAUGAGUUUGACAGAUGCAGUCACUUCUUCCAGAUGAAGAAUAUUUCCUUCUGUGGUUGUCAUCCUAAAAACAAUUGCUACUUUGGAUUCAUCACGAAACACCCAGUACUGAACCGGUUCGCCUGCCACGUCUUUGUAUCCCAAGAGUCCAUGCGGCCUGUAGCAGAGUGUGUGGGACGUGCAUUUCAGGAGUAUUACCAAGAACAUCUGGAAUAUGCCUGCCCGACAGAAGAUAUCUACCUGGAGUAGCAAGGCCCAAUGGACUCGUCCCCCUGACUCUGUAUGUUCUUCAAGCUCUCCAGCAGGGAGCACUUAGUAGCUAUUUUCUUUUGUAAAAUACGUUCUUUUUGAACUGGGAUGCUUCUCUUUUUCCUCUUCCUCUACCUUUCAGAUACCCUCUGAUGGAACUUCUAUUUAUUUGGAUUGCUUUCUUUUUCUACAAGGUAGUGGGGAUCCAGGGGGCUGAGGAACAGUGCUUUUGAAGAUCUUUUUCUUUCUCUUCAGUUUCGAAACAAACAAAAAGGACAUUUACUUCUGUACGUUUGAAAAUCAUGCAUGGCUUUAAAGUGAUGCACACACAUAUACACUAAAAAAAUGAAGAAUUGUCUGUUGACUUCAAAUGUAAUAAUAAUUCAGGGGAUUGCAUACCCUUGAUAAAAAGCAGUAGAUAAACAUAGAACUUCACAGCUGGUUGAACUUGGAGCCUUGAGAUGUAAAUAUAAAUUAACUCAAAGCCAAACAAAUAUGCACUAGAUUUCCACAGAGACAGACAUUUGGGUGCGGUUGACUGUACAAGGGAGUACAAGCGGGAAUAUUAAUUCCUUAAUUACUGGAACCACUGGAGUGGAACCGUAAAAAGGACAGCCAGUGUUCCCAAUAAAGCAUAGUGUAAAUAUAUGUAUAGAGAGAGUAGAAAUUAGGGACAGCUCAUAAACUCAUCAUUUUGGUAUAAUUAGCUUUCACUCUUAACUAUCACUAGGUUGUGAGGGUAGUCUGCUUGGUGUUGGUAUCUUCAUUAAAUGGGACUGAAUCUUAGUAACUAUAUGUGCUGGUCCCAAAAUGGAAAACAAGAUAAACAGCAGGCGGAUGAUCGCCAUAAAUAGAGAAUACCUUCUAGUGGUACAGUGUAAGACGUCUGCUAAGGCACAUCACUUGUAAAUAUGACUUACAUUCAAUAUUAGAAAGCACUGAUGUUUACCUCCUCAUGACGCCACUGAACAGAGAAAAUGUUAAAGAGCUGCUGAUAUAACCACAGUCAGGAUGUACCAAUCGGCAACAGUGAUGGAGGUACAGCUCUAGACUACACCCAGGCACAGUGUGUUUGCUCUGUUAGCUGAUUCUGCAGGGGUAGGGGGUGGGGGGUGGGGGUAGAAUGUGUGUAAACUGAUGUAUUAUUUUCUAUCAGUGCUGUUUUCUUAAUUGAGGAAUACCAGUUAAGAUCAUGAAAGCAGGUUGUGGUUUUCUAGGCUCUGGUAAAAGGCUCAGGAAGUUUAUCCACAGAACAUCUUUAUUCUGUUACCGGUUUCUCCCUGUCGUCUUGCUAUAUAAACCAAGUUUUCGUGUCUGUCUGUGCCUGCUACAUUAUAUACUGUUUUUUGUUUUCGUAAGGGGGACUCAAAGGGAUCUCUUUACGUUUGCACAUCAGCUGGGAUAAAAGCGAUGAUGUAAAUGUAAUUUGCCACUCUGAUGUGUGCUUCUUUGGCCUCAGUGCAGAUGCUGUGUGUUGUAGCUUAAAGACAACAGUGAGUGGGAUGUGUUCAGAUUUGAUGAAUACUUUUAAAUAUAUUACGGAAUUCAGCCUAGUCUUCUCUUGAGUAGCAGAGAUAAUAAAUUAAGCAGGCUCCAUUUCUGACCAUGUCUCUUCUUUGCUAAAGUGGAAGUGGUUUAACUGACAAAAUGCAAAACUGAAAGACGGAAGGGGAACUAUUUUGUUAUGUGGUAUCACUUCAUAUAUUGAUCCUCCUUUAGAAUUAGAAUUACUGCUGCUCAUUGCCCAGCGAUUCCUGAGUUACGCAGACAGCAGCAAGCUUGUGAAAACAGCAUCCAAGCAUGAUUUUUCCCAGUGAAAACUACUAAUGGAAUUAAAUUUGGCUUUAGAAACUACAAUAUGCAAUUGUUUGCUUUUAUUAAUUUGUCUGUGAAUUUCUUGUUGUAUGAACAAUAUUAUCCUACUGUGUAAAGCCAUACUACACAACUGCAUUUUUAUAGUAUGCUGUAAUGGUCUCUGAUAUUAACAUUAUCUAUAAAAUACUGAAUAUUUUUUUUUAGUGUAGAGUUCUUGUAACAAUGCUUCUCAACUGUUUCAGUCACUUCACGGAUCAGAUUUUAAUCAUAAAACACGACAUAUGGUAUGCAAGGGCAGUCAUAUCAACUCUAGAUAAUGCUUACAUGAAAAAUGGGUAUCCUUGCAAACAAAAAGACUUUGAAUCUAUAAAAGUGUGACCUUAGGCAAUAUUUAACAAUAUUAUGUCACUGUUUUUUUUUUAGAACUGAAGAAUACAGCCUCCAUAUUUGCCUUCCUACCAUGUAAAUGUAAAUGAAUCUGUUGAACUUCUAGGUCCACUGUGCAGACCUAACAUGUAGCAUAUGAACAUUUGCAAAGGGCAAAUUUCCACAUUUGUUGCCAUCCUUGUUUUUGAUUAAUGGUGUUGUCGACCACCAGUACGGGUAGAUGUCCCUGCACAUAAAAAGAUCCCUGGCUAGAAACAGCUUCUUGACUCAUCACCAUCAGUCCUCUCAAGCAGUCGUUUGUUGGUUGUUUCCCAGUGCCAUCCUGUCCUCAGCCAGGCAAGUUAAAGCCAGAGUAAGAAGCGUGCUAUUUUUUUACUCGGCUCUAGUUUCAUUAGUAGAAUUUGACCGAACAGCCAAAUAUGUGAAAAACGUCAACAGCUGAGCUACUGUAAGUUCCAAACUAGCCUGCCCCGGUUUAGGAUUUAUUUUAGUCGGUCCUCCAGAAAUUCUCAUCUCCCUCUCUGUGGAAGCGUUUCCCACUGAAGCUCUGCUUUCUAGGGUUGGCUUCUGUUUUCUAAGAGAGGACCUCUGUGUGAAAGUCCAUGUUUCAGCCUUUACUCUUGCAACAAAAUAAUUUGUACCAAUACCUUCUUUAUAGCUCAUUUUUUUCAUUAUCACUUUAGUGAAAGCAGAAAGGAGAAGAAGGGGUUUUGAAACUACACAGAAUUUAAUGGCAAAGUACAAUAAUAUCGAUAAGGCACAUUUUGCUCUUUAAAAAAUAGCAGAAGUCAUUUAUUAUUCCCCCUUAAUAACUUAGUUAUGAUAAUCACUUUGAUAAAUGUGCUUUAACUUUUUUUUUACAUAAUGAUAACAUACUUUAACUAACAGGCUUCUUAUUUCCUUAUAGUUUUUUGUUAUCACAUAUAUAAAAAUGAAGAAAUAAAAUAAGUUCUAGAUAAAAACACACAUCUUUCCUUCUAGCAUAUGUCUCCUUGGAAACAUUGGAAUCAAAGCUAGUGCCCUCAGGAUAACCAGGAAUGAGUCUUUAAUAUUAAAAGUUGAAUAUCAACAUCAUUGUCAUCAUCAUCACAUGACUUUCAGUAACUGCUUAUCCAGUUCUGGUUCGUAGUGGCCUGCAGCUUAUCCCAGAGAGCACCGAGGCCAGGGUGGGAUACACCCUGGAUGGGAAAUCAGUCCAUAAAAGGGCACACGUAGACACCAACAUGAACACACUCACACCAUGGCCAUGUUUUACUAAAGCCAAUUAAUCUGCUAGGUAUGUUUUUGGACUGUGGGAGAUAAUCGACUCAACCGUGGGGAGAACAUACUGUACAAACUCAAAGCAGUGAGCACAGCCAUGACAAUAAAACACAACAUAAAUUAUCAUUCUUUGUCAGAACAAUAAGCACAACUGUGUUCUGUUUAAGAGCAACCCACCAUUUACCAUUAAACUGAACUAAUUUGUGCAGUUUUCUUUUCAAAUUUACAGCAAUUGUUUUCAUUCCCACAUAUGAUUUGCAUAAUGUCGUCAAUGGGACAAGACUAGGUUUUCUGUUCUCCAUCUCAUAGGCGGGUGUUCAUUGCAAUUAUUUGCAAUUUUUCAUUGCAAUUAUUUGCAAUAAUUUAAUUAAUUAAACUAUUAAUGUUGUCCAUACAGGACACAUUAUUAAUAAAUAGUUAGCAUCAUAAUUACAUGGCCUGCAUUUUUACAACAGUUAUAGACCUAUACAUAGGGAAUGUUACCAUUCCAAUAUGCACUAUAGCACAAAUAGACUGAAACGUUGAUAAUUAAAAUGGCUUUUUUCUUCAACCAUGUUAUUGAAUAAGCUCUCUUAAAGGCAGUUAGUUUUCAAAGCAUAAAUACAGUAAAUCAUUCAGAUAAAAUAAAGAGUUUUCCUUUCAAAGAGAAAUCAGAUACAGCUAUGACCGUUACAGCUCCUUCUUGUUGCUUGACCUCCUGUACAUACAAGCAUCUACUGCUCAGGUAUUAUCUCUCCAUUGUAAUGGAUCUUUCAUGUACUGUAAGUGAUGACAGUACCAGAAGAUCUGAUGUGCACAGCCGAACAUGUGGCAUCCAGAAUUGAGGGAUUUAAAGACUUGAGUCUAUGCGGAUUACCUUCAGCUCUGUGUACAGCUCUGAUAAUUGUAAUGUGAGCAGUGUCAUGACUCCUUCUGUGUUUUUUGACACACCUGCCCAGCCUUUUCUUGAACUUCGCAUUACUAUCAUUACCACAAUACAUACUCCUUUCUUGUGAAAAUCAAGAUUAUAUAGUAAGUUCUUUUCUGUUCCUUGUGAUAAAUCCUCUGGUUUUAUACAGUGCCUUUUGUUUUAAGUUGUGUGUGCUCUUGAGUUAUAUUCCUCCACAGAGGACAAUACAAUCUGAGAGAAUUAUAGUGCAUAUCAAUCUUAUUUUGGUCACUUGAACGUUGGGGCUGUAUUGGAAUGUACAUGUUGGGUUUUUGUUAUUAAAAAGCUCUACUGUUGUAUGUAUUCUUUAUUUUUAAGGCUUCAGGCUAUUGUCCAGACUAAUAACAUAUUAGUUUGUUAUUAAUUUCGUUUCCAUUUUUAGCAGCAUCACCACACUGAAUUUGCAUUAUAAUGUAUACAGUAUAUAAAACUAUGCUUUCACGGUACUGACUAAAUUAAGACAAAAAAUUUAAAAUAUAUUUACCUUUCUAGCUGUUACUGCAGCAGUUAGGCCAAAGAGGAAACCAAACGAACUGUUUUACAGUGGUUUUGAUAUGUAAUUGGAGUUCUAUUUUUUUCUGAAUUAGACCAUGCAAGCACAAAGUUCAUAUGGUAAAUAUCUUAUUCAAUCUAAAAUAAUUCCAACUCUACAAAUUAUUGAUUGGAUUGGAACAGUUAAUAAGGGUAACUGUUACAUUCAUAUGUUGUAAAAUAAAAAUAAGUAAGAUAUAGUUUUGAGCACAGAAUUCAUAUGAGUUCCCUCUGGUUUUAACUAUACUUUCUAUUUUACUACUUAAUGUUGUCAGGAGGCAAGGUCUACAGUCAGUUUAAUAACCACCUGGCUAGGAGUAUCCUUACAUUUCACUCAGAUUUGAUCAUACACACGAUGCCUUGCAAAGGCAAAUAAAGGUUUAAUUAAAUCCAAGAGCAAAUAUUUUUCUGUGUGGUUGCUGUAGAUCACUGGAAUGGUGUUCUGUGGACCAGUAUGUGCCAGGGGGCACUGUGAUGUGAUGUGUUUCCGAUUCAAAGCCAAGCAGUCAAAGCAAAGAAUGAAUAAGUAAAGAUUAUUAUUUGAAUUGACAGUGAUGUUAAAGUGCUCUUGUUUGGCUUGUACCUUAAGCAUUCGCCUGCAAGGAACUCAAGAGUCAUGACAAUAAACUGCACUAUGUAAUAAACUUGGCCAUUUACGCACCAUUUACAGUAGCCUUUAAAACAUACACUGUAUCAAGGGAAGCGUUUUCCAGCUGACAAUGCAGAAAAAAGUGUCAUACUUGAAACAGUAUGCGAGCCAAUGGCUAGUGAAAACACCUCUUGCCUAUUGUGUUGGGAAUCUUUAUUAAUAUCACUUUAGCAUUGACAAUGUGGGCUUUUGUUAUCAUUAAAGAAAACAAUGGACCCCAAAGCCUUUUCAUCUUUUACAGCUUCACAGUAUUUGUAGAAAAAGAUUGUGAAAUGUAAAUACAUACUUUUAAAAGUUAGGAACCUUUUAAACUGAAAGAGUGAUACAAGUCCCCCCCUUUCCACCGCGUGUUCAUGUUUAAGGGAGUUUCCAUAGUAACUAAUUGUAGACUUGUGGAAGCUAGCUGUGAUUGGAAUAUUAAUGGAUAAAAAAGGUUAAAAGAAUAUCACUUGGUAUUUGUUGUUAGCUAAAUUAUUGUAAAUCUAGAGUAGAGUGUACAUGCUCAUGCUGUGUGGUUUGUGUUGCUCAAAUAAAUAUGUUAUGUAAAAACACAAAUCUUCACCUUUACAACUGUAUCAAAAUUGUGACAAGACAUUAGGACACUGAUAUGUGUCCUUUUGAAGGAAUAUUUACUUAUGUAACUGUUGCACACAGAAUUUGCUGACUUAACAUCAGUUGUCUUCUCGUCUCACCAUGUGAUGUGCAAGAUUGAUUUUGCACAGGCGCUCACAUUUACUUUGUACGCAGCAGAUUGUGGCAAUGUGUCUCUUCCACACAAUUAUAGGAUUGUGCAACAGGAGACAUGAAUGUACCAUCUAAACCUAGCAUUUGUGUGAUCACAGAUGUGAAUUCGCUAGUUCCAGGGCAGUUGACAUCUAUUACAGAGCUGCAGAGAAACAACCUGUAUCUAAAUAAGAACUUGUACAGCAUUUGCUAUCUUAAAAAAGAACUAUUGCAUAUUGCUAGUCUAUUGCAGAAAAUUAAUCCCUUUCGCUUUAUACUUUGUAACCUUGACCUUUCACUUAUUUUGAUUCAAGAGAGGUUUUCAGCAUUUUAAAAUCGAAGAGCUACUUCCUUUUGACCCUUCCUCUUUUGGUAGGCACACAAACUCCAGCAGAUUCUUUUAGCCUGUAUAAUCCAUAACAAUGUAACUUUGAAACUUAAAUGAGAUUCUUCACUGUAUAACUAUAACACAUCAGUAUGUAAUAAACAAUAUGUAUCUUGUAUCUUUAAAAAUGAGGACUUGUAAAAAAAAAAAGGAAAAAAAAGUUAAAUUUAUUCACACUGCCUUGUCAUGGAUUUGGUCUUAUGAAUAAAAUAUAUGCUUGAUGUCA